UGCAUGUGGAUUUGAAAUGGAAGAUCUAAUCUGUUUGAGAGCUGGUUCUAAGUAGUGCAGUGAGGCCGCUCGGUGAAUACGGUUCCUUGUCUGGCUACUCUGAGGGAUAGAGACAACCUGCCUGGUGCCCUGUGGUGCAGAGAUGGAUGGCACAAUAGCUGCCAGUGGAGGCCCAGCAGCUUUGCAAUCAAAUGGCAUGGUCACCAGCAAGAGAGGAGGGACUCCCAUUGCCUGCCCCCCUGCAGCAAAGCAGAAGUCCAGCAAGAACCCUCAGCUGACAGCCCAGCCUCCCGGGAGGAAGCAGCCAACAGGCCUGGCAUCUCGCCCUCCCACGGUUCCUACUGGUGCCGCCAGAGUGCUCAACAAUGGGACAGCUAGGAAGGCCAAUGUGUUGCAGCCCAAACAGCCAGUGCCCAAGCCCAGUGCCGCCGCCACUGCAGCUACCACCAACUCAUCAGCUAGUAGGAUGACUGUGAAGAAAGGAGUGGGGGACAGGCCCAGUGGGCUGAAGACUUCAGAAAAGCUGAGCCAGGAGACAGAGGUGCAGCAGAAGACCACAAAGGGGACAACACAGUCAACCGCUUCAGGCCCCAAGACGACUACCACAAAACCCAAGAGAUCUGAACAAGCAAAGCCCUCCAGGGCUUGGUUGCCAGGAGCUAAGAAUGCGGCUUCCUCAGCUCCGAGCAGGGCGCUGGCCAGUGACAAAAGUGGGGGCAAACCAAAGCAGACAGCACCACCUGCUGGUCAGGUUUUAGCAGUGCAGCAGCAGAAAAAUAGUGUGCCUACUGCAAGUGGUGCUUCCAGAGCUGCCACUCCAUUGAAAGGCAAGCCUGCCAGCUCCAAUACCACUGCAAAGGUGCCGUUUGCCCCAAAGCAACUGAAAACCGUAGGCUCAAAAUUGCAGUCUGAGCAGAAUCCUGGACAAAGGAGUGUAGCAGCUGCAGCUGCGAACAGCAAGCUUUCUGCAAAGAAGUCUUCAGAACCCCAUAAGCCCAGAACCCCCACCAAGGCAGCUUGUGGGAGUGUCAGUUCAGCUACCCCACCAAGAGCCUUGGCUUCUUCUCCCAAGGUCCCUCCUUCAAGAGGUAGCCCAGGCAAGAAGCCUUUGAAGAAAGAUGCUUUUCUUAACCGAGAACCAGCUCUCAAUCAAAGUAAACUUCAGAAGGCAGCUGUUAAAGAAAAGGUUAUCAAGGUGAUCGCUGGGCAGGCAGAAAGCAUUUCCACAGAGGAUUCAACGCCUCUAGAAAAAUUGGAUGCCACAACUGUGGUGGAGGCUGUUGGCCAGCCAGCCUUCCAAGAGGCAGUGUCAACGGUGGGCAAGAUAGAAGCACUGGAGACCGACCACAUUGUGCCAAGAGAUUUAGAAAGGGAGGAUAGUGUUGGACCAGUCUGCAUGGUAGCAGAGGAAGUGCCCUCUCCGGCAGUGCCUCAAGAAGAAGCACCACCUUUGGUCUCUCUGGAUCCCCAAGAGAAGAAGGUCUCCUCUCCUGGCCAGGCAUCUCACUUGGCUGCCCCAGAGGGUCUGGAACUCCCUAGUGGUUGUGAUGGGGUGCUGGAUGUGGAGACAACGUCCCCUUGUGAAGCCUCCUCACCCACUUCUCUGGAACUUGCUGUCCGGGCUUCCUCUCCUCCCGCAGAAUCCCCGUGGCCUGGUGGUGAAGGCUCUGAGCACUUGGAAGAAGCAAUGUCUCUGUCUCCUGAGACAGCCAUGGUAGGUGAGCAGCCUUCCUUGUUUUCUGACACAGAGGAGGCUUGUGAAGAUAUUCUCCAUCUCUCAGCUCCCCUUCCAGACUUCCAGAUGACAGCUAAAGAUGAUGCUCCCUUGCCAAGCAGUGAGGAGGGGCUUCUUUCUCUUGGCUUCUUGAGGUUUGAGGCUGGGCCUCUUGAGGAGAGCAAAGCGGAUCGUGGCUUAGAACUGUCGUCAGGGGAGUUGGGCAGGUUGUCUGCCCUCCAAGCAGAGCUCUGCCCCUUUGCCAACCAGGUAGACCCUCCUCUGAAAACUCUUGCGCGACCUGUGUCAGCUGAGCAGGAUGGUGAGCAUGGCAUGGAGGAGGUGGAAGAGGUGCCGCGCCUCUCAGUGAGUCCAGAGGGAGAGUUGCUGGCGGGUGUGGCAUCUCCGGAGGGGGAGAGCCAAAGGUGGAGGAGCCCUCUGGAUCUUGGAGUCCCCGAUCCCAAGGUCAUGCAGGAGGCCGCCGCUCCUCUACAAACGGAGAGUCUUCCUCUAGCUGUCGUUCACGCUGCCGAUGAAGCACUGGAGGAGGAGCUGUGUAGGGGAGAACAGGUGGUCCUCAGUGAAGUUCUCAAGGACCAGCCUCCUCUCUAUCUGCCCCCAGCUGCAACAUCACUCCCUGGUGAGUUCAUUGAGGAGCCUUGUAUGGGCUGGGAUGACCAUCCUAGUUCUUUGAGUGAGUGUCCCAGUGUUGACGGGGAGGAGGAGGAGGAGGAGGAGGCCAUAGUCUCAGAGGUGUGUGUGAGUCACCCGAAGGAAGAGGAAAGUGAAGAGCAGGGCGAAGCUGUGGACUUCUCACUCCGUUUUUCAGGAGGGGUCUUACCAGGUGGUGGCCGAGGGGGGAUUGCUGCUCAGGGGUUGAUGCCCAAACCCCAAAGCCUGCCCUUGAAGAGCCUGGAGUUGUUGCAGGGACAUACUGCACAACUGCCUGAAGUGCCUGAGCCGAAGGGCUUCUCCCCAGAGAAGGGGGGCUCCUCCUCCAAGUCCAGCACUUUGAGUGGACCCGACCUGGCGGGCAAGAGCAGCAGCGAGACGAGCACGCCCGAGGAGCUACGGGAGUACGACAGCAGCUCCGGAGUGGAGUCCAAGUCGGAUGAGAAGCUGGAACAAACCUGCCACCAUCUCCUGACUCCCCUGGAGGGCUUGCCUGGGGAGCUGGACCUGGGCAUCCACAUGGAGAGAGGAGACGAUGAGGCGGAGACCCUGCCGGCUGAUGAAGUCCUGGGAGAACCUCUGACGGAGCCCACCGUGUCCUCGGAGGAGGAAGCUGAGCUGGAUGCAGAUCUCCUGAAGGAGGCGGGCUUUGCCAAAGCGGUUUGCCUGUCGGCCUCUCCUCCCCCGGGCAAGCAGCCCCCCUUGCCCCAUUCGGUGGAGGAGUCCGACGAACUGGGCUCUGGUGAUGCCGGCACAGAGACCCCGGCCUCGACCAACUCCGCCGCUUCCUCCGAUGUCUUUGGCGCUUUUCACCUCCAUUCCACCGACAGCUGCGGCAAGAGCCCUGGCCUUUCCUCCCUGGAGGGCGAGGAGCAUUCCACAGAGGGCACAAAGGACCAUCUCCCCAAAGAGGCCGGCAGCAAGACGCCCUUGGAUUGGGAGCAUCCCUUGCCGGUUGCUCCCAUGCCCGAGAAGAUUGGCGGACAGGAUGAGGGGUCGUCCCAGCCUUUUGCUGCUGCUCAUGGCUUGGCGGCUGCAGGUGACAGUGGGACUGGCUUGCCCUUCCCUUGGGGACCCUGUCCAUCUGAGAUCCUCUCCACUAUCUAUGAAGUAGAAAGUGGCGCUGAGACGCCUGGCCCGGAUGAAGACGGGAGGAGUCGCUGCUUGCGGGCCACCUCCCAAGACCAGGCUCUUCACCUAGGAAACAUCCCAGCCACAGUUGUGCAACAGCUCAUCAGCCGGACGCUGCUCUUCUCAGCAGAGGCACCUCCGGGGGCUUUCGGUGGGAAGGGGGCCGUGAGCAGCGAAGCAGAGAUUAGCAAAUGGACUGAACUGAUCUCCCCUCUGGAUGAGUCGCGGGCCAGCAUUACUUCUGUGACAAGCUUCUCCCCAGAGGACAUGUCAUCCCCCCACGGGGACUGGACUGUGGUAGAGGUAGAGACCUUCCACUGAAUUUAUUUUUUUCUG